AUGCUUUCAUUGCUCUUUUUUAUUGCAUCCAGAAAUAGAAAGGAGAUAAUAACUGUAAAUAGUGAUGCUACAAAGACUUUCGAACCAUGGAUAUAUAAAUUUACUUUAAAUGCUGCAGCUGGAGGAACCGGAUGUCAACGAAAUACUCAAAAUACAUUUGGAGGCAAUGGUGCACAAGUUAAGGCUUCAUUGCUUUUUAUUCAAAAAACCACUGUCCGAUUCAUAAUUGGAAAAAAGCCCAUAGGAGGUUGCAUACUUCAAAACGUUGGAGGACAUCCAAAUGGGGGAAAUAGUGGAAGAGAUACUAAUUUCUUAGCUAAUGAUGCCACUGGUGGUGGAGGGGGAAUGACUGCAAUAAUGAUAGAUAAUGAUUUCAUAUUGAUUGCAGGAGGAGGUGCAGGAGGUGCUGGUAUAUACAAUGGAUCUCAUGGAGGUGGUUUUAAAUACACAAUGCGUGUUAGAGUUUCAGAUCAGGUCCCUGAAUAUGAUAAAAAAUAUUUUUCUGACAAGAAUAAAGGUGGAGAUGGUGAGAGUGGUCGCAAAACUCCAGGAUCUGGCGGUGGUGGUGGAUGGCCUGGUGGAAAAGGAGGAGAAAGUCAUUCCAAAUUAAAGCUUGAAGUUUGUGGUUUUGGAGGAGUUUCAGGGUACAAUGAAGCAUAUCAAUAUUAUCAUAAAAGACCAGAAGCAAUAGAUGGAAGGUUUACUAACAAUAACGGGGAUGGCUCUGCAAUUAGGGUUGUUAGAUUCCCGACGAUAGGUGUCUUGGAAGAUUUGCCUGGUGUCAUCAUAGUGUCUUUAAAUCAAAAAUUUUAUUUUGGAGUUAGUUUUAUUGAUUUUUCAAUAAAAAACAUUUCUAAAACAAGAAAAUAA